AUGCUAUUUAAAUAAAAUUGCUCAUUAUUUAGAAAGCUUUUAGCUUAGAAAUGUUUAAUGAUGCCAGGAGCAUAUAAUGGUAUGGUUGGUAGACAAUGUGCAGAUAAUGGUUUUGAAGCUUUAUACAUUUCAGGUGCUGCUGUUACUGCAUCAAGUGGAGUCCCAGAUAUUGGGUAUAAUUUAUAAAUAACUAUUAAAGUAUGGUAACUUUGGAUGGAUUCUGUAAAAUUAUAAAAGAUGUUGCACUUGCUUCAGGAUUACCUAUUUUAGCAGAUGCUGAUACAGGAUUUGGAGAAGGAGAAAUGUGCUCUAAAACUGUUUGGGAAUAUUUUAUUCAUGGAGCAUCAGGUUUACAUAUUGAAGAUUAAGUAUUCCCAAAACGUUGUGGACAUUUAGAUGGUAAAGAAUUGAUACCAUCUGAUGUCAUGGAGAAAAAGAUAUAAAUAGCCAAAAAUGCUAGUAUUUAAUGUAGUGGAGGAGAAUUUGUUAUUUGUGGUAAUCUAUCUCAUCUAUACAAUAUUUAGCACGUACUGAUGCUAGAGGAACACAUGGAUUAGAUGAAUGUAUCAAAAGAAGUAAAGCAUAUAUGGAUGCUGGAGCUGAUAUGAUAUUCCCAGAAGGAUUACAUACUAAAGAAGAAAUGGCUGUUGUAGCUAAAGAAUUGAAGUUAAAAAAUCCUAAUAUUUAUUUGUUGGCAAAUAUGACAGAAUUUGGAAAAACUCCAUACAUUUCAUUAAAAGAAUUUGAAUAAAUGGGUUAUAAUUGUGUUAUCUAUCCUGUAUCAACAUUAAGAAUUGCUAGUAAAGCUAUAGAUGAAUUCUUAAAAUAAUUAAAGAAGGAUGAAUCUUAAGUGAAUACAGUUCAAAAGUAUAAAAAUUAAUAUUAUAUAAUUUAGCAUGCAAACACGCAAAGAAUUGUACUCCACUUUAGGAUACACCCCUGGUAAGGAAUGGUAUUUUCCAAAUUCAAAAUAACAACAAUGAUUCUAUAAUCAAUAUUUCAUAAUAAAAACAACAUAAAUAUAAUCACUUC